AAAAUGUAGAAUUUAUGUGGAUGAGAAGUAAAGGAGGGCAGGUAGAGGUUAGCCCUCAAAUCAUAGUUUAUCCAUAGCUCUCUACCUCAAACAUUUUAAAAGCAAAAAAUUGUUCAAGAAGUGAAGGCAGAGGAAGAUGGGCAGCUUGAAGGCGGCGGCAGCAGCGGCUCCUCCACCACUAUUAUGCAAUCAUCAGCGCAGCGGCUCAGUGGGCAAAAGCAGCCGUGUCAAUACAACACCAAGAAUUGUUAGAGUCUCUGCUUCAAAAUCUGCUGGAUUUUCCCUCAAUUCUGUGGCGCCUGUAGCUCAGUGGAUAGAGCGUCUGUUUCCUAAGCAGAAAGUCAUUCUCAGUGGUUGUAAAACAUGUAGAGGCAAAAGUGCAAUAGAGUGUCCAGGCUGCAAGGGGACAGGAAAAAAUAAGAAGAAUGGAAAUAUUUUUGAGCGUUGGAAAUGUUUUGAGUGUCAAGGGUUUGGGCUCAAGAGCUGUCCAAGUUGUGGGAAAGGAGGCCUCACACCUGAACAAAGAGGGGAAAGAUGAUAAGAUCCUAUUUGUUAAAGAGAGGAACCAUCAGAAAGGUGAAGAGUGCAAUUCUUGGGAGCCAAGCAGCAGUUGCAGGAAGGGCUAAGCUUCUCUUCCCCAGAAGAAGGGCAAGUCAUGUAAUCUACAUCCAAGCAAUAAAGAGGACAAGCUAUGGCCCUCCCAGGACUCAUCCCUAUUGAAAUACUCCCUAAUCAACCGAGG